AUGGAGACCAGGAUCUUUGAUACUGACCUAUUGCUGUGCCAGCUGGCACCCAGGUGUGGAGACCAGAUCUACAAUCCUUUGAAGCACUGCUGUGGUGAUGACGUCAUCAUACCCCCGAAUGGCACCCGCCUCUGUGGCCCCAGCUGCAUCUACUGGCCCUGCUUCCAGCACUGCUGCCUGGAGUCCAGCACCUCCGAGAAUCAAAGGGUUGUGAGGUUCAAGGUCCCAGGCAUGAAGCCCAACUGCUCAUCUUCUCCCAUCUCCAGGAUCUGUGCCCAG